AAUGCAUCCCAGACAACCACCACCACCAUUUACAUAUCGGACUUCACCCACGCCAUGGCGACCUUCUCGUCUUCAUCCUGGUUUCUACCCGCCUUUGUGUUCGUCGGCGCGCCAGUGGUCGGUCUGAUCAUCUACCGAGCCUUUUUCAAGACGUCAUCAAACAGCUGGCGCUCGCAAAAGUACGACCCCAAGACGGGCCUGGGGCGGGGUGCGCCGGGCUUCCACACCAACGUCCAGCGCGUCGCGGUCCCGCCCGAGAUCAUGGAGCGGAUCCGGCGCGGCGAGGAGGUCUCGGCCGACGAGAUCACGGCAGCCCAGGAGCGCAUGAAGCGCGGCGAGCCGGAGCCCACUGCGAAACAGAAGAAGCAGCAGCAGCAGCAGCAGCCGGAAAACGAGUGGCUGCCGGCAACGCCGACACGCAGUGGUGGUGGAGCCAAGAAGAGGUCCGGCGGUGGGAAGCGAUAAGUCGUGCACCGAUAGAGGAAUGCC